GAGGUAUUUGAUAGAGCCUCUUUGAAGUUGGGUUCAGAAGUGUAGAAUUGGCAAAGUUAUUGCCAGCUUCCUGCAUCAGCAACAGCGAUUUGUGAUUGGCAGUACCAGACAUUCAGUUGUACAUCCCCACAUCAAUGCACUGCCAAUGAUGAGGAAACUGAGGCCUUGGACUAGAACAGAGGUCUCCUGACUCAGUCCAGGACUCUUUCUAUUACAUCAUGCUGCCUGAUGUUUGUUUAUGGAACUCGGCAACAUCACAUACAGGGGUUAUAUCCUGUGUUGUGACCUCAUGGUUUAAGUGGGAAUAAAGAUGAGUAUAAGCAGUGAUGAGGUCAACUUCUUGGUAUAUAGAUACUUGCAAGAGUCAGGAUUUUCUCAUUCAGCGUUCACCUUUGGUAUAGAAAGCCAUAUCAGUCAGUCUAACAUAAAUGGUGCCCUCGUCCCGCCUGCUGCAUUGAUUUCUAUCAUCCAGAAAGGUCUACAGUAUGUAGAGGCAGAAGUUAGUAUUAAUGAGGAUGGUACCUUGUUUGAUGGUCGACCAAUAGAGUCUCUGUCACUGAUAGAUGCCGUAAUGCCUGAUGUAGUACAAACAAGACAACAAGCUUACAGAGAUAAACUUGCACAGCAACAAGCAGCAGCUGCUGCAGCUGCCGCAGCUGCAACAAACCAACAAGGCUCUGCAAAAAAUGGAGAAAACACGGCAAAUGGGGAGGAGAAUGGAGCACAUACUAUAGCAAAUAAUCAUACUGAUAUGAUGGAAGUGGAUGGGGAUGUUGAAAUCCCUCCUAAUAAAGCAGUUGUGUUACGGGGCCAUGAAUCUGAAGUUUUCAUCUGUGCCUGGAACCCCGUUAGUGAUCUCUUGGCAUCAGGGUCCGGAGACUCAACAGCAAGAAUAUGGAAUCUUAGUGAAAAUAGCACUAGUGGCUCCACACAGUUAGUACUUAGACAUUGUAUACGAGAAGGAGGGCAAGAUGUCCCAAGCAACAAGGAUGUGACAUCUCUAGAUUGGAAUAGUGAAGGUACACUUCUAGCAACUGGUUCCUACGAUGGGUUUGCCAGAAUAUGGACUAAAGAUGGUAACCUUGCUAGCACCUUGGGGCAGCAUAAAGGCCCUAUAUUUGCAUUAAAAUGGAAUAAGAAAGGAAAUUUCAUCCUAAGUGCUGGAGUAGACAAGACUACAAUUAUUUGGGAUGCACAUACUGGUGAAGCCAAACAACAAUUUCCUUUUCAUUCAGCGCCAGCAUUGGAUGUUGAUUGGCAGAGCAACAACACCUUUGCUUCUUGUAGUACAGAUAUGUGCAUUCAUGUCUGUAAGUUAGGACAAGACAGACCUAUUAAAACAUUCCAGGGACACACGAAUGAAGUAAAUGCUAUCAAAUGGGACCCAACUGGCAAUCUCCUGGCAUCCUGUUCUGAUGACAUGACUUUAAAGAUAUGGAGUAUGAAACAAGACAACUGUGUCCAUGAUUUGCAAGCACAUAAUAAAGAAAUUUAUACUAUCAAGUGGAGUCCAACAGGGCCAGGGACAAAUAAUCCAAAUGCCAACCUCAUGUUAGCAAGUGCAUCCUUUGAUUCUACUGUUAGAUUAUGGGAUGUAGACCGAGGAAUUUGCAUCCAUACUCUGACAAAACACCAAGAGCCUGUGUACAGUGUAGCUUUCAGUCCUGAUGGCAGGUAUCUGGCGAGUGGUUCUUUUGACAAAUGUGUGCACAUCUGGAACACACAGACAGGUGCUCUAGUUCACAGCUAUAGGGGAACAGGUGGAAUUUUUGAAGUUUGUUGGAAUGCAGCAGGAGACAAGGUUGGAGCCAGUGCAUCAGAUGGUUCAGUUUGUGUAUUAGACCUUCGGAAAUAGCGCUACUAGUUGGAAGCCAUGGACCGACUAUGAAUGUGUAUAUAGCCAAAAUGACUGUCCCCGACCCAAGUACUGCUAUAGUCCCACUUGAACCAUGGCCAGUCCACUACAGCCAAAUCUAAGAGAAAUAUAUACAUACAGUGUAUAUAAACAAAAUUGCACCCUGAAGAUGACAGAAUUUUGUCACAGCUUGUGAAUUCUGUUCACCAAGUGCUGGAAUCUAAUCUGCUGUGCCCCUAAAAUAGCAUUUAGAAGUUUUGGAUAUGAAAAACAGAAGAGAGAAAAAAAUAAGCGUUAUAAAAGCAGCCCAUACAUGUACGAGUUUUUGGAUACUAAUGACAGCCUUGUUUCUCCCCUUUGAAUCAGCAGACACCAUGGAUUAUAUUCUUUUUUCCCUUCAGUAGUUUAGCAGUUUGUAUGUACAGAGAAAACGGACUUACAAAAACUUGCAGCAGUAGUUUGUUCUUGCUUUUAAACUUUGUUUUUGGUUUAGUUUAUGGAUGCAUGAAGUAAGGGAGUGAAUCAGUUUCUUGUUUAUAUUUUUUUCACCUUUUAAACAAAAAAUUCUUAAAAAUAUUUUAAUGCAUUCUUUUGAAGAGAUAGAUGUUUGGUACAUUUAUGGCUCCCAGAGCAUAUAUUCGAUUGGUGCAUGUUGUAGAAGGGGGAAUUGGAAAUUAAAUGGAACUAUAUGACUUUGGUCAUGUCAAUCUGUAAGACACAUCAGUAAAAGGGUAUUAUGCUCUGUUUUUUGUUUUUGCUUUUGCUUUGUUUUUUUGUUGUGAGGUUUUUUUUGUUUUUUUGUUUUUCUCUUUGAUUUUUUUGUUUUGUUUUUUGGUGAUGUGGCUUAAAUGCAAUAGUUUCUUUUUUGGGACAUAUUUCUGCCAAUUAAAGACUAGAAGGGCACAAAGAAUUUUUUAAUACCAUAGAGAGAAGAUGCAUAAAAAAAAAAUCUUCUGAUGUCUUGUAGCCAUAACUAAAUUAUGGUUAAAAUGUGCACUAUUGUGAAAAGGAGCAAAGUAGGUUUGGGUUUUUUUUGUUGUUUGUUUAUUUGUUUCUUUUGCUUUGUUUUUUAAGAGAUUAAAAUGUUUCUGGAUAAGGAUUAGCUUCUCAAAGUGUCCAUCAUUCUGUGUAGAAGCUUAAAUAUGUAAUGUAACCAAACUCCAGUAUUAAAAAUCUCUCAUGUUAUUUUUCUUUUUACAAAGCAAGAUAACAACAUAUAACACUGCCAUUACAUGGCAAAAUGUUUUCUACCUUAGUUUAAAAACAAUCUUUAAAACAAAAGACUUGCUUCAAGGUGUUUUCACAUAGCAGUGAUUCAAAAUUUUUUUAAAAGGUAUAAUUGCACUAACCUCCCUGCUGCUCUAAUUCUGCAUUUGUGGUACUUGUGACUACAUUUUUUCAAAUAAUAGAUAGAUUUAAGCUGCUAUGUUUUGUUUUUUCAGUAAUCACUACUAUAUCAUGUCUUUUACUCUGUUUAUAAUAUCACAUAUUUUCUUAAAGGUAUAGGUAUCAGAUCAGAAACCUCCUGUGCUCAUGCAACUAAAAGCUAAAAUAUACAGAAUCUACAAAUGAUAGCAUGGGGCUAUGUUUAUAUGUGUGAUUAACAGGGUUUGUCAUGAUUAAUGUAAUAAUCCAGAAGUGUCGAUUUUGAAGAGAAUAGUUGUCAAAUUUAUGUCUCAAAGAUUUUAAUUAAGGAAUAUCAUUUAAUUAUCAAGCCUGGCAAAUUUAUAACACUAUCUCUGUCACUAAUUAUUUUGAAGCUUUUACUGCUAAAAUUUUAACCUAUGUUUUAAGUAGAAACUGAUUUAACCCAAGUAAUGCAGCUUUGAUUUUCAGCAUUUGUUGUUUUGCUAUUUUUACAAAACAGCAUUGAUUGAAGCAAGUCUUGGUUUUACUAAGGUAGGAUAGCAUUUGCUAUUGGUAAAGAGAAUAAAUACACUUAAUUUCACAAUACAUUGUUAUGUGUACCCCAGUUGUUGUUAGUGGGGACUAUGAUACUGUAAUAAUAUUUUUUAAAAUUUACAUCCAGAGAGGCAGUCAUUCAUGAUGGUUUUGUGCCAGCUGUUUUUAGGGUUUUCGAUCACAUUAUAGAUAUUUAGAACUAUUACCCUGUGACUUAUGUAGGAAACCUAAUAUGCUGAGUAUCUGGCACUUGAAAUCCUGCUUUUAUUGCUGGAGGUCCACAUCUGUGGUUGACCUCUGUUGUUGUUUUAAAAAAGUAAAUAAAAUUUUAAAAAUC